CGACAUCAAAUACUCCUCCUCAUACGCAAGGUCCCGCAGAAAUGCCCCCCAAACCCUCCAAAUCCAAACCAGACCCCGCAGGCCCCCCCUCAACACCAAAGACAAUCUCCGGCUUCACCGUCCUCGCACUCACGCUCCCCACACUCGCCUGUCUCAAAUUCACAACCACGUCCCUCUCCACACCCAUAAAACACUGCCUCUACAUCAAACCGCACGAACCAAAAACCCCGUCACCGGACGACGCGAAAAGCCUGUUUAUCGCAAAUGUGCCAAUCGACGCGGAUGAGGGUAGUAUUCGCUCGCUGUUCCAGGAGCAUUUAGGAGGUGCAAAAGUGGCGCGCGUCGAGUUUGAUGCGAGUGUUCCUGGUGGGGUAGUUUAUAAGCGAUGGAGGAGUGAGGGUGGUGUCGGGAAUGCUAGUGCUAGAGAGGAGAUGCGAGAUGCGAAAAAAAAGGGAAUGGCCGGGGGCAGAGAUGGAGGCAAAGAGCAGAGGGGUAAAAAGAGAAAGCGAGAUGAGGAAAUUGUUGCAGAGGGCGUGAUUGAAGACGAGAAAUCAGCACUACCUAAGAUCUGGCCUGCGGAAUUACGGAAGAGUGGGUCUGGAGCCGUGGUCGUGUUUGUAGAUAAAGCGAGUGCAAGGGGUGCGAUGAAGGAGGUUAAGAGAGCUGGGAAGGAGGGGAGGGAGGUGGCGUGGAAGGGUGCAGAAGGGUUGGGUGUGCAACGCUACAAAUCCCACCACCACCUCCAAUACCCCCCCAAAUCCGUCCUCCAAGCCUCAAUAACAUCCUACCUAACCCAAUUCUCUACCGCCGAACUCGCUCGCAACCGCCUGCGCUCCAAACUCCGCUCUGUACCCGACGAAGAUGGUUUUAUCACGGUAGUUCGCGGCGGCCGGGCCGGGCCCGCUAGACUUGAGGAUGCCGAGAAGAAGAAAGAGGAACUGGAGGAAAGGAAGAAGAAGAAUGGGGUUAGGGAGGAUUUCUAUAGGUUUCAGAUGAGGGAGCGCAGGAAGGAGAAGGAGGGGGAGUUGAGGAGGAAGUUUGAGGGGGAUAGGAGGAGAGUGGAAGAGAUGAGGGAGAGGAGGGGGAAGGUCAGGCUGGAGGGGUAG